AGCUCAACAAUCUCCAUUUUGUGCCAGCCUUCAAGCAGAGUGAAUCGAGGUCGUACUUGUGUAAAGACAAGACUCCAGAAUACAACAGAGAAAAACGCUAGUCGACGAACAGCUCGCUAACCAAGUUAUUAUCCUUAAGGAAGGGAAAUCUUAUCGUAUGUCCGCUAUCCAGAACCUCCAAACCUUUGACCCCUUUGCUGAUGCAACUAAGGGUGAUGAUCGACUCCCAGCGGGGGGAGAGGACUACAUCCACAUAAGAGUCCAGCAGAGGAACGGCAGGAAGACGCUCACUACUGUCCAGGGCAUUUCCACCAACUAUGAUAAGAAAAAGCUAGUCAAGGCUUUCAAGAAGAAGUUUGCCUGUAACGGCACAGUGGUUGAGCAUUCAGAGCAUGGUGAAGUAAUCCAGCUGCAGGGAGACCAGCGCAAGAAUAUUCGCCAAUUCCUGAUCGACGUUGAUCUGGCUAAAGAGGAGCAGCUCAAAGUCCACGGCUUCUAAAAGAGCUGUUUAGACUGCCCCUAUCCUUCCCAUCCCUAAUCCUGACAGCCACACCCCCUUUGUCCCCCUUCCCUCCCCCCUCUCUUCCUCCCUCCCCCCUAACCCUCCUAUGUGCUGCUGUGGUGGCUCCCCUCAUUUCUCUAGCUCCACUUAGCUAACAAGCCAAUUACCUCUGAAAGCAUGGAACUCUGUAAAAAAGCCCCGCUCCGACACCUGGGGGCUCCCUCGCAACAAAGUGUCACCACCGCGCCACACGACAUCAGGGACGGGUGGUGAUGACUUCUUCCUUCCUUUUAUCUCCUGAGGUCCCCCUUUUUUUAGGUUUUGUGCUACAUUAAUAUGGCACCGUUUCAUGUAACUGUUUUUUGUUUUGUACUACAAGGUGCUUCAAUAAAAUGAGUCUCCAUGAA